AUGAAUAGCACUACUAAUUUGAACUCCACCGAUGUCUCCGACGGUACUUACAACAUGGCGCAGAGCAUCGGAAUAGCCUUUGCAUUGUUCACCUUUUAUUGGAUCAUCUUCUUCGUCGUUAUGUACCUUGCGUUUAAUUGCGAGCCCCGCAAUUACAGCCCGCCCGUACAGACAAACGGGCCCACGGGCCCCAAUCAUGUUAUCUUGGCCGUCCACCAAAGCAACGACUCAGAUGAUGCCACCUCAUCAACAUCCUACCUGCAAUUCUUGUACUGCGAAAUUGGGGCCCACAAGACCAACGUAUCCUACGCCUCGGAUUGCUCUAUUUGCCUGGCGGAUUACGAGGAGGCUGAUUUGCUCGGGCUGCUGCCGAGUUGCGGCCACAUUUUCCACGUCAAGUGCAUCGAUCCAUGGCUAAUCAUUCAUCCCACUAAUUGCCCCCUUUGUGGAAGCAUGUCGUUGCCUAGUACUCCCGACACUUUAAUUCAUUGA